AUGGAGUGCGAGGUCGGAGGAGAACAACGUUUUUUUUUCAUAAAGAAUGCCAGGGUUUGCUCCUUGGACGAUCGACUCAUACAAUCGGUUAUAUUGUACAAGAAUCACAAUUCAUCGCACACAAACAUCACGAACCCAACCAUUUGCGACGUCUGUGACAAGAGUCCAGGGCUUACGCACCUUUUCUGCGAUUCUGGUGAGUUCUGCUCUGAGUACACAAAGGUGAAGAUCGCCUGCACCCAGGGAUUUCCUGGUUUCAAUGUGGGCACGCUUAGAGAUAACUUGGAUUCCGCCUACAUGCAGCGAGACGAAGUUCUCCCUGGAGUUCGUGGAAAGCAAGACGCUGAAGUUGUUCAAGACGUGACGUCAACAUUCUUCCUUCUUUUGGCUAUCUAUUUUCCAGCUGUCACAGGCAUCAUGACUGGAACCAACAUGAGCGGUGUGUGUUAA